AUGCCUGAUGAGCGAGAUUUACUUGAAAAUGAAUCAUGGUUAUGCGAUCUUGUGUUUUUAAUAGAUAUUACACAGCACCUCAACAUACUUAACCGGAAGCUGCAAGGGAAGGACUGUUCGUUACCAAUAAUGUUCAAUUUGGUUUAUGGAUUUAAAGCGAAACUCUCCCUUUUUUUGACAAAUUUGACUAGAAAUAAUAUCGAUCAUUUUCCUACGCUUGUAGAUAUAAGAGGAAAACUAGAAAAUACUUCACCUGACAUCUCGAAAUAUCAAACACAAAUUCAAUUAUUGUUGCAGUCUUUUGAGAACAGAUUUCAGGAUUUUGAGAAGGACAAAAAUAAUAUUUUGUUUUUCAUGAACCCAUUUUCAAUCACUUUUAGUGAAAUACAAAAAUAUUCAUGCAAUAUCCAGUUGGAAAUCACAGAAAUUCAAAACCACGUUUCCUUGAAGCAGAUAUUUACCGAAAUUGUAUCAUCACAACCACAACUGCAGUCUUCAGAAAAUUUAUUAAAAUUUUGUAAAUUAGUACCAAAAGAAGACUUUCCUGCAACGUGUGAUCUUGCCUUGCAGAUUUCAAGCAGAUUUGGAUAA